ACCAAACCAAACCCAAACCAAAGCACAACAGAGUUUUGAGUUUGUCCUGCGCACAUGCGGUUGUCGGCUGUCUCGCUAGAGAUCUUGAAGAAAAAAAUUUAAGAACAAAGUAUAUAUAUUUAAAGGACGGUCCUUUGAGCCACAUAUGCACCAAACCAAACUCAUUUAUAGGAUAAGUUCCACUUGCUGUUCGCAACACCCAUUAUUAAGUUUAAGAUUAAUCUCUACAUGAUUCUAUGAGGUAACUUGACAAUUUCAAUUGAAGUGUUACAAGAUGGAUUCGACUCAAGAUAACAAAAACGAAGAAAAAGAUGUGAAGAACAAUAUACCUUCAUUUAAAUUAAAUGAUCCAGUUACAGUUUUAAAUACAAGCUUAAUGACAACAAGUGAUAAUUUUACACCAAGUUGCAAUCAAGACAAUAGCAGUUUGUCAUUUGUAAUAUUAGGGAAAGAUUCAAUGGAUAUACAGGAUGCGGAGGCCCAAGCUUCCUUGUUAGCCUCUUAUGUUGAUAUUCGCCAGAAAAGCAUGUCCAUUGAUUACAAAUCGAUGAUUUCGUCAAUGAAUGCAGAGGAGAUGCAACAAAGACUUACCGAAAUAUUGCAGGAAAAUGUAAAACUGAAAGAAACAUUGAAACAGAACAAUGUCUUUUUGAUGGAAAAUUUCACUAAGUUGAUGUCGUGGCAAGAGGAAGUAACAAAAGUUCACGAUAGCCAUAAGCAGAAAUUUGCAGAAACAAAAGAAUUAAUUAAACAUCUCAAGAAAGAAAAUGCCGAGCUGAAAACAAAACUUGCACAUUUACAGUGUACUGACAGCAUGGGAUUUGAGGCAAUCAAUAGAUCCAAUAGUCUCACACUUUCUCAUGCUUCCCAAGCGGAAGAACUUGAGCAAAGCUUAUCAAAAUUUGGUGAGAUAACACUAAAAGAUUGUAGCUACAUAACAUCUAAGCAAGCUGAGGAGGAACAGCCACAUAACAAACUGGAAUCAAAUGUAGAGAAAGAAUCGCACGCGACAAACAAAUUGAGUUGCAGUGAAAUUGUCACAGAAAUUCCAGAAAGUCAGACAUGCUCAGAAGCAUGUUUUGCAAAGGAUAAAAAAAUUGUUGACUUGCAGAAAUCCGUUGCUAUACUUGAACAAAAAUUGCAAUGUACUUUUACUCCGGUUCAAUUACCAGAUUUGACGAAUUUGUCGAUACCCAGUCGUCAAAAAAUCACACAAAUUACGAAGCAAUAUAACAAUAUAGUACAAGAACUAACGGAAUGUUUUACGGCACAGAUAGAACGCUUUAAUGUUAUAGAACAAGUUUUAAAAGAGAGUGCUGAUGUACUUACAAUACUUGAUGAUAGUAAAUUAGAAGUACAGCUUAACGAUUAUAAACAAAAGCUGUGCUAUUGUCGCCAACGGUUAGCCGACGAGCAAGUAAAAAUCAUCACAGAUAGACAGACUUUGAUUAAAUCACAAAAUCAAUUUCACAAGAUGCUUUCGGAAUAUAAAUCCAUUCUUUACGAACUGGAAUUAAUGAUUAAUGAGAAUGCAAAAUUGGAAAUUUUGAAAGAUAACACGAUGCGCGAAAGUUUGCAAAUAUCAGAGAAGAUAGAGCGCAUCAACCUCGAGGAGCGAUUGUUGCAGGAAGAAAGAAGCACUUUCGCACAAGAGAAAGACAUUUUGAAGGAAGAAAAAAUGUUACUCGAACAACAAAAACAGAGCUUGGAAACGGAGCGAGAGUCGUUUUACAACGAAAAGAAACUUCUGGCGCAAGAGAAAAUCGGGUUGAACGAGGAGAAAAUGUCUUUGGAUCAGCAAAGUUACUUGUACGAAAAUUCAAAACAAAUGUUGGAACAAGAGAAAAAGUUAUUGACUUCCCGUUUCCAGGACUUAGUAGACAAGGCGGAUAAAAUGCAACAAGAACUCGAAAGAACAAAUAACCAAUUUGCGAUAGCUUUAGAGCAAAUUACACAACGUACGGAAGAAAUUGUUGUGUUGAAAUCGCAAUUAAAGUUGUACGAAGAAGAUUUCGACCAGGAAAGAAAAUUAAAAGAAUCGCUGUUGGAAGAGAAAAAUAAAUUAGAAAAAGAAUUGCAAAAGCAAGUGGAAUUUAAUAAACAAUUACAACAAAAAGUUAAUGGGCCGAUUCUUCGUAGACAUCCUAAUGCGUCAAACUCAUUUGAAGACGAAAAUACUUCCUCGACGAAGUUUCAAUUGUGUCCAAAGUGCGAGAUGAAAUUUUUGAAUUUGCCGAGUUUGCUGAAUCACAUUGCUGAUUGUAUAGAUUGAUAUGUCUUGAUCAAAAAAUCAAAAGUAAGUUUUUGUGCCAAAGAGUGAACUUUUACACAAUGGAACUGUUAAAAUCGCGCAACAACACAUUCUCACAAUGCUCAGGUUUUGUCCACGUGCAAUUACAAUGCCUAUUGACGUCUGUCAAGUUUUUGUUCCACGAGUUAUCAAGCAUUCGUUCUGCCUGAAUCGUCGCGAAUUCGAUGAGACCAGUCGCGCGCACAUGUUCUCGCACGAUGCGGUUUGAUUUGUUAAAUCUAUUCCUAAUUGCCCGUCGUCAGUCGAUAGUUGAUAGUUGCAAUGUAUCCAGGUGGACAUCUACGUAGAAGACUAUUUUCAGUUCAAAUAGGUUUUAAUUGUAUGUUUUAACAUUAGAAUGGCUUCAAUGAACAAAACUACAUCCCAUAACGGCGCUUCUCUGACACUGUAAAAUAUGUGUAUAUAUACACACAUAUGUAUAUACAUAUAUACAUAGAUUAAAAAAAUAUAUAUUUUAAAAAAAGUAUUAACAAUAGUAUUGUAAUUAAUGAAGACGUGUAUAGACAAAUACAGAAAAAUCAACAUGCUGAAACAGUUGUCUAUUAAUUUUUACGAUUUGAUUUCUAUACAAGCCGAAUGUUACACACAAUGUAAUUGUAUAAAAAUUCAAUUUAUUAAUAAAUUUAACAUUUUAAUCGUCA